UCUCUCUUCUAAUCAUUCAUUUCAUCCUAAAUUCUUCAUCUCAUCAACUUACCAUUGAACAGAGACGCAAAUGGCGUACGUUGCUGUAACUUCACUUAUGGAAACUCUACAUCUACAUUUCUUGCAAUCACAACCAUGCUUCCCUCUUCAACACAAACAACAAAUACUUUCUCUCCAUGAAAAUCUUGGUUUCCUCCAACAAAUUCUUGCGAAAUCUGAGAUCGCCUAUGGCUAUGAUAAUUCGGCGAUGAAACGUUUAGAGGCAGAGAUGAGAGAUGUAGCGUUCAAAGCCAAAGAAAGCAUUGAGAUGGAGUUGAGUAACAUAUACAUUCAGUCAAGCAGUAUAGAGGAGGCUUGCCUCCUCAGGCUUCAUGGAAUCUUCAAGCAAGCAGUAAAACAGACUGAUUACCUGAAGAAGAAAUUGAUUAAGAUUAAAAGUAAGCACCAGUUUGCAAAGAGUUCAUCACUCCUUGGUGCUGUAACUUCGCUUAAAGAAACACUCCAUCUAAAUUUCUUGCAAUCACAAUCACGCCUGCCUCUUAUAUAUGAAUGGAAGGUGAUCUCUCUCCAUAGAAAUCUUUGUUUCCUUCAAGAAAGUCUUAAGAAAUCUGAGAUCAUCACCUAUGAUGAUGCGUGGGUGAUGAAAGAUCUAGAGGGAGAGAUGAGAGAUGUAGCGUUCGAAGCUAAAAAAAGGAUUCAGAUGGAGUUGACUACCAUUUAUCUGGCAAAUGGUUGGACUAAGAAUCUUGCUUACCUCCUCAGGCUUCACGAAAUCUUCAAUGAAGCUAUAAAACAGACUGAUUACGUCAAGAAGAAGUUGAUAGAAAUUAAAAGUGAAAUGCAGCUUGCAAAGGGUCCAUCACAAGGUGAAAGGAUCACUGACGUUUAA